AUGUCUGUCUUCUCUGUUGAGCCGAAAACCGGGAGCACUGUCACUACGAAAAUCCUUGAUGAUGUGUGCAGCAGCCUCGGAGUCAAGCUCAAGCAUGAAGAGAAGGAAGACUACCGGAAGCUGCUGGCGGUCUUUGAUGAGAGCGCGAAAGAACUGAUGCAGAUGGAAGACUACGCACCGCAGCCAGACCUCUCCCGCUUCCCACGCACAAAUAUCCGACCUCCAUCGAAGGAUAACAACACUCAUGGCGCAUGGGCUUGGCGUUGCAGCAUCAAAGAUACAAGACCAAACAAUGGCUUGCUUGCUGGCAAGACAGUCUGCCUGAAGGACAUGAUCUCCGUUGCCGGCGUGCCGAUGCUCAUGGGUACUGAAUUCGUCGCCGGCUACACUCCCAGUAUUGAUGCGACGGUCGUGACAAGGAUACUGGAAGCUGGUGGCGAGGUUACUGGCAAAGCAGUAUGCGAAAACCUGUGCCACAGUGCUACCAGCCAUAGCAGCUCUACCGGCACAGUUGAGAACCCGCAUGGACGAGGCUACAGUGCUGGCGGAAGCAGUAGCGGGAGUGGAGCCCUUGUAUCGCUUGGAGAUGCGGACAUGAGCAUUGGCGCCGACCAAGGCGGCUCUGUGCGCAUCCCAGCUACUAAUUGCGGCAUCGUGGGACUGAAACCGACACACGGCCUGAUCCCAUAUACCGGCUGUGGCAGUAAUGAGCCUACGAAUGACCAUCUCGGACCUAUGACUCGUACAGUACUGGACAAUGCGUUGUUGUUGCAAGCGAUCGCCGGUACGGACAAUAUCGAUGACCGCUCAUACGGCGCGCCAUUGCCGGACAGGAUACCUAAGUAUUUUGACAUGCUGACAACACAAGACAAGCCACAGGACUUGUCAGGUGUAAAGAUUGGCAUCAUCGUAGAGAGUCUCCAGGUCGCUGUUUUGGACCCAAGAGUGAAGGAGCUGUUCCUGCAAGCCGCCAAUGGCUUCGAAAAGCUCGGCGCCACCGUCCAAGAAGUCAGCAUCCCUAUUCAUUCGAAAGGUCCCAACAUCUGGACCGGCGUAUCGAAAGUCGGCGGCUACCUCACCAAGAUGUACGGCGCUCCCGGCCGGCGAGGACAUACGAUGUAUGAUCUUAACAGCCUGUUUCUGGAAGCCUUGCGUUCUCCUUCGCAAUGGGACAAGGCGUACGUGGCGACCAAGAACAUCUACCUCAACGGCGCUUACGCCGCCCAACAUUACCCAGAGCUGCUGGCCCGUGCUACGAACCUUUCGCGCAAACUGAGAGAUGCUUAUAAUGAUGCGCUGAGGCAAUACGACGUCCUGCUUACGCCUACACUGCCGUACGUAGCCACGAGCCACCCGCAACCGGAUGCGACCCCAUUGGACCUAAUCAAAAAGCAAGUGGGAUUGACUAGCAAUACGUGCCAAUUCAAUCAAACUGGACACCCGGUUUUGGCUAUGCCGAUCGGUCUGUUGCUACCGACAGAAGGGCCAGGGGUCGGCACGGGCGUGAAACUUCCUGUGGGGAUGCAAGUGAUCGGACGAUGGUGGGAUGAGGAGAAGGUGUUCAAAGUAGGAUAUGCUUGGGAGUUGAGCAAUGACUGGAGAGCAAUGUGA